AUCACGUGAUAGGUUGCUACCCAAAUUGUUUGAAACUGAUGCUGAUUGAUGUUCGAAAUCGUUGCAUCUCUCUUUGGAUACCGAGUCUGCAGAUUCCAUGAUUGAGAUCUCCAGGAUGAAGCCUUGAAAUGAUUACAUCCAUACUGAAAGCUUGUGCUUCUCCAUAUUCCUAGAAGAUACUUGGUAAUCUAAGCCAGAACUCCAAAGCUAUGGAAUGCCGUCUUGCAGGGCUCCUCUUCACCUCUAAGUUUGACUCCGGCAACUUGGCACGGGUCGAGCGGGUCGGUCCUGAUGAUGAGGAAGAAGGGACCGGGCACCGAGUCGGGGAUGCCAAUGCUGCCCCAGACUACGAAUUCAACCUCUGGACUAAUCCAGACUGCGGAGGAACAGAGUUUGAAAAUGGAAACAGGACCUGGUUUCACUUUGCUGUGAAGGGAUGCCCGAUGAACAAGCUGAUCAAGUUUAACAUCAUGAACAUGAACAAACAAGGGAAGCUGUAUAGCCAAGGGUUAGCGCCGGUCGUCAAGGUCCUACCACAGAAACCCAAAUGGGAACGCAUUAGGGACAGGCCCUCUCAUGAGACCGUGGACGGUCAGUUCAUCCUGUCCUUUACCUAUCGCUUUGAGUACCGCUUCUCUACGGUCUACUUUGCGUUCUGUUACCCGUUCUCCUACACGGAGUACCAGGAGAAGCUCACUGAACUGGACAACAAAUUUAGCAGCAGAAAAUAUGAUUCAGGCUGCCCCAACAGUGCAAUCUACUAUCACCGUGAGCUGCUAUGUCACUCCUUAGACAAGCUACGUGUGGACCUCAUAACUAUCUCAUCUUGCCAUGGAAUAACCAAUGAGAGAGAACCAAGACUUCAUAGACUCUUCCCCGACACGUCUGUAGAGAGGGCGAGGAAAUUCAAAGGAAAGCGGGUAUAUUUCUUGAGUAGCCGUGUUCAUCCGGGCGAGACUCCAGCGAGUUUUGUCUUCAAUGGAUUCUUUGAUUUUAUCCUACGCUCCAAGGACGAAAGGGCCAUUCAACUCCGGAAGCAGUUUGUCUUCAAGCUCAUCCCUCUCCUCAACCCUGAUGGUGUCCAGCGAGGAUACUACCGCACUGACCAACGUGGUGUCAACCUCAACCGUGUCUAUCUGAACCCAGACCCUGAUCUCCAUCCAUCUAUCUUUGCUGCUAAGAGGGUAGUUCUGCACCAUCAUGUGAAUUCCAGAGUGAUGAGGUCAUCGGUUGACUCAACACAGGGUACGGGGAAUCCCCCUGACAGAGGGGAAGUCCCCGAUACUCAUGGGGUGGGGUUGAAUGAACGGACACAGGAUCCUGGGAAUGGGGAUUGCGGGACAGAGGUGAGGGGAGAACUUGGUAGAGAUCAGUUCUUCAUUGAGAAGAAAGGCGAAGGGACUAAUGCAAUUCUUGUUGUGCACCGUGGUGGCAAAAACAGAAGUUCACCUCUUCUGUCCAAUAGUGAAGCGAAUAGACAUUUUCCCGCUGAAGAAGGAUCAAACUCAUACAUUGAUGCAUCAGAACCAAGUAAUGAUCUCAUGUUCUUGCCAAACAGUACCUCCCCUGGUAACAAAGUGGUCACGAGGGAUGACGCAUCUGUGUAUGACUCCGACGUCGAAAGCGACAUGGGCAUAAAAGCACAAACUCCUCUACCCAGCAAUCAAUCAAAUAACAAUGCACAAACAGCGAUACCCUGUGGUGACAUUGAUCCCAUGUCGAUACCAUCGGAAGAAAGUGGUGUAGCAUUCUACGUAGAUCUCCAUGGCCACGCCUCCAAGCGAGGCUGCUUCAUCUACGGCAACUGCCACGAGGACGAGGAUAGGCAGACCGAGAACCUUCUCUUCCCCAAGCUGAUCGCGAUGAACUCCGCACACUUUGAUUUUGACGGUUGUAACUUCACAGAGAAGAACAUGUACACAAAGGACAGAAGAGAUGGCAUGUCCAAGGAGGGGAGCGGCCGGGUAGGAAUCUACAAAGCAACAGGAAUCAUUCACAGCUACACUUUAGAGUGUAACUACAAUUCUGGCCGAUUUGUGAAUUCACUUGCCCCUGCUUCCAAUGACGAUGGAAGGGCGACGCCACCUCCGCUGGCAGGGUACCCACCAAAAUAUGGACCACAGCAUUAUGAAGAGGUUGGCAGAGCAACGGCCAUUGCUGCGCUAGACAUCAAUGAUACAAACCCUUGGUCUCGGUUAGCAGGUACAGAGAAUGGAAGCGUUCACGGUGUAAGGGCAUGGGUUCAACGCUACUUGCGGAGCAUGCGCGGGGCUCCCUCACUGCCAAAGAAAAUGUCGAGGGUCGCUUCCAAAACAUCCAGUCUUGUUGCAACAGUAAUGACUCCACCAAAGCCUAACACCAGAACGGGUCUCCUCCAGUCUGGCAACACCGGCGGCAACAAUGCAAGCAACAGCAAUGUGGCAGGCAAUUCCAAUGCACAACCAAAUACAAGCAACAGUCCAAAGAGAAAUAUGCAUUCCAAACCACUCGGACCUGUAAGAGAAACUAGAGCAUCAAUGGAAAGAAGGAAACACCUGGCAACCCUUCAAGGGACUGGUCUUUCUACAUCCUCUGCAUCCUCUGCUGUCUCUACAGCCACCACCACAACCAUGGGUGUGGCUUCCACCCUAUCAUCAGGGGGCAAAAACUACACCAUCCCCCUCCCCCUGACCCACCACAAACAGUCGCCCCCUUCCACCACCCGAUCCCACAAGGCGGGGCCGAUGUGGGCGCAGAAGAAGAACAAGUCUGACUCGGUGCUGGGGAAGAAUGCGGGCGAGGCGGGCGGGCAAAAGGAAUCGAGCAGCCAGCUCUCGCCGCGGACCCUGCUGUCAAAGUCGACCAACAAUUUGGGCGCGUUCACCCGCCAUGGAGGCCUCCUUGCAUCAAGCACACUGCCCUCUGUUGUUACAGAACUGUUGAACUCUGUCAUGAUCAAUGCGCUGGACGGGUCCAAAGAAAUGGGCAAGGAGGAAUCAUCUGGGUUCCCGAAAGCAUCGGUUGCUCAGCAGAGAACAGCUAUGUAUGUCAAGAACCAUGGGAGCACAAUGUUAUCACCCGCUACAUCUGAUGCUGUACAUACAGUCAAUUUGGAGUUUCCUCCCACGGCACCAUCCGCCCUGUCACCAAAGAGUCACCAGUCUUUGUUCCCGAGGCAUCACAUGACAAUAAACCUUGGGGCAUCAUCCUCAUCAUCAUCACAACCUAUACAGCAUCAUGGCAACGUCCAUGUAGAGGGAGAGAGGAGCGACCUCAAGGCUUUAGGGAGUCUCUGCUUGCACGAAGAAAGUCACCAAGACUCGGCAGACAAGGCUAAAAAGAGAAGGAAGAAGGUGAAUGGACCGAAGCGACGUAGCAUCUCUCACAGCCCUAGCCGUAAGUCCCAGAAGAAUUCCCACCGAACCCUGGCCAAGGGAGGCAAGCACAGUGAGACGUCGGACAGCGACCCAGAGAGAUUGGUGAACCGUAGACAGGAAAGGACAAGGCAGAGGUCAAUUACGAGUAGCCUUUCAGAUCCCACCCCUAAUGAUUUGCAUCCAAUGUCAGAACAUACUUCACAUUUUGCGUCUAAUGUUGAACGCCAGAGAGCCAACACACCAAAGAGGAGUCUCUCGAUCGGCAGUAUCCGAGAACCUUCCUACAUUAAAUCUAAAGUGAACAACACAAUCAAGAAAUCAAACUCUUUCAGUUCAGGACGGAGAGAUUCUAAUGUUUCUUACCAAGUGGUUGAACUGAACGAGUUAUUAAACCGGAAGCAGCCACAGAAAACGCCCAUCCCGAUGAAGAAAAUAGGCUUCUGGGUAGACUUCUAGCUACUCUUUCUUCAACCAUUUUCAUCAUUUUUUUCCAUGGAUGACAAGCGGGAAAAGUAUCUGACCAAUGGUCAAAGCUCUAGACCCCUGUUACUCGAGAUUUCCUACCGGAGACCAGUCUUAGGGCGCCCCGAAACUGGUUCCAAAAAGUUGACCUUAAUUUUUGACCCCCUGUUACACCGGAAUUGUAACGAGUCUCGGGCCCUGAAACAGCUUUCUGUGCGUUUACGCUGACUUACCAAAGCUGUCCUAGAUAGGUUUGGCAUGGCGCAGGUUUGUGUUUAUACCGAUUCCAAAGCAGUCUCGGGGUGCCCCGAGACCGAUCUCGGAACACAUCGCGAGGCAGUCCGAGAUAGGUUUGCUCAGGAGGGGUCUCGGGUAGGUUUGUGUGUUUACACCGGAUUAGAAACCUGCCCGAGACUGGUCUCGUGGCGCCCCGAGUGACAUCUUCCACCAAAGAUAUAUUAUAUGUUACAGCAUAAACAAUCUCUAGCCUUGCUCAAAAUUAUGAAUAUCAUUAUCAAUGAUGCCUCUAUUCAAAUGGAAUGUCCGUUUCUAUUUCAGAAAAAAAUAGCGAUCAUGUUAAACGUCUAUUACAUUAUAUAACCUCACUGAAAGAAAGUUUCAAUGAGAUAUUUCUCUAAAAUAUGCCAAGAUUGGCUCGAUAUUGGAGUGAUGUCUUGGGCUGAUGUUAUUUUAUGUGGUUUUACUAAUUUUAUCCUAUCAAUAAUCUAACACUUCAUGUUCGACUUAUCAGUACUGUAGAAUACCUUUCAAUGAACACUAUGAAUAUUCACAUGGAAAUACACAUAAUUUGAAAUACAUGUAUAUCUCUCUGUAAUACCAAAGUUUGAAACUAAUCAAUUAUACUACCAUUCUUUCCAUUUUCUUUUACUUAUUUAACUACAUUGUAUUGUAGUUACAUACUGCUUUAGAUUAUAAGUACUUGUUUUGUAUCUUGCUUACCUUUUCACCUUUUUAAAGGUCAAGUCCACCCCAGGAAAAUGCUGACUUGAAUAAUUAGAGGAAAAUCAAACUAGCAUAGUGCUGAAAAUUUCAUCAAAAUCGGAUGUAAAAUAAGAAAGUUAUGACAUUUUAAAGUUUCGCUUAUUUUUCGCAAAACAAUGAUAUGCACAACUAGGUGAGUCAGUCGAUGAUGUCCAUCACUCAAUAUUUCUUUUGUUUUUUAUUGUUUGAAUUAUACAAUAUUUCAUUUUUUAUAGAUUUGACAAUAAGGACCAACUCGACUGAACCAUAUAGUAUUAAACAAUGCUAACUCCACAUGUUAACGGAGGAAUUAAUCGUUGUAUCACUUGACAAUGAGGAGAAAAUUAGAAUAUUUCAUAUAAUAAAAUACAAAAGAAAUAGUGAGUGAGUGAUGUCAUCAGUUCCCUCAUUUGCAUACCAGCCAGGAUGUGCAUAUAACUGUUUUGUGAAAUUAAGCAAAAUUUUAAAAUGUCAUAACUUUCUUAUUUUACGUCCGAUUUUGAUGAAAUUUUCAGUGUUAUUUAUGCUUGUUGGAUUUUUCUCUUUUUAUUUAAAUCAACUUUUUGUUGGGGUGGACUUGUCCUUUAAUGUGAGGGAAAUAUGUCUGUACUAUCACCUACACUCCAUCAUUCCAACAGUGUUCUACUUACAUUGAUGCUAUUGGAGUAUUUGUGCACAGAAACAAAAUUUCCAUUUUCACGGAACAACAUGGCCCUGUCUUACAAAGAGUGACGAUUGAUCCAAUCAAUCUUAACUCUAUGGAAAUCCAUCUGUGUCAUAAUUUUUUAUACAGGAAAUUUGCAAAAUGUCCUUUGUAAACAAAUGCAAACACACCAAAUUGUCAAGAAAUCAAUGAAUUUAUGAAAAUGCAUUAUAUCUAGAGAAUUUGUUAACGAACAUGUAUUUUUAUAUGUGGGCGCUGCUGGCUUUCCAUAGUUGAGUUUGAUCAGAUCAAUCGCAACUCUUUGUAAGACAGGGCCCAUGUCUCACAUUAUUAGUCAAACAUGUUGUUUGCGGCCACCUCUCUAUAUCAGCCACCUGCCUACAGUGACCACUAAAACUGAUUCCUAUGGAGGUCCGUUAUGUGUGUAAUAACCUGUUUAUAACAGGCACCUGUCUAUUAACUUCACAUUUGUGUUUCCUGUAAGUUGUCAGUCCAGACAGGUUUCACUGUUCUCAUUUAUUAUCUUUAAUACUUGAAUGCACUUUUAUAAAUUAAUUCUUUUGUGUAUUUUAUGCAUGAAGUUAGGAGGAUUUUAAGUUGAAAAUAUUUGAUUAUCAAUGUAUAGUUAUAGCUUUUAAAAACAGUAUAGGCUUGCCAUCAUUAUACACAAGUGGUAGAUUUUGGGAAUGGCGAGAAUUGUUGUAAAAAAUGAUGCUUUUACUUGUACAUGUAUUUAUGUUUAUUGAUCAAGAAGUAUUCUACAUAAUUCUAUAUUGUUACUUUUAUUACCUUUCAAAAAUUCUUGCCAAUGUAAUGAUGGUAUUACAAAAGCAUGUAUUGAAAAAUCAUCUUUAAACACGUCUUGAUCAGUCGCAGAAAAAAAAUAGCUGUUCAUCUGAUACAUGUCAAUUUAUGAUAAUGUUUUCAGAUUAUGUGAUUUAUUCAAAUAGGAUUUUCAAUAUUUAUCAUUUAAAACUGGCACAGAGCUAUUAAACAGUGCGUCCUAGAAAAAAGGAAACCGAGAUUGCCACAUCUUUUUUCUUUAAAUGAAAAUUAAUUAUAUUUCAUUUACAUCAUCAUACAAUUCAAUUAUUCUUAUACAUCUGGAUACCUUAUAUGUGAUGAACACUUCACACAUUAAUGAGCAAGAUGAGUUUGAAAUGUUUAUGUCAAAAUCAGGUUGCGCUGAAAAAUUGGACAAGAUUGGGUCGUGAUAUGACAACAGUGCUUAUUCGACGAUUGAGUCAUUAGCAUUUCUUUUGUAUUUUCUCUCACUGAUCCCUGAAAUUAGAGUGGAUUCAGAUUCUUACGUGAGUUUCUGCAAAAAUCGUAUGUGAUAGGCCUCAAUAUUUUUUGUUCGUAACCUGCCAUGCGUGAAUGAUUUGCUAAGCUGUUGUAUUCAAAUUAAAGAUGAGAUUCCACUCUUACCAUCAGUAUAGUAAAAACAUGUUGGAUAAUUGUGAAAUAAUAUCUGAAAACGGAUUUCUUUUUUUGUGGGACGCAUUGUAUAGUGUCUAACUUUGCUGCCCAUGUAAUUAGAAUAGUAGAUACUUUACCCUUGAACUAUUUAUUAUGUAUAGUACGUUCUCCUUAAUGCCGUCCUGAAUUUUAUAUUAACAACCAACAUUGUAACUAAUUUAGCCCGUUUUUUUUUUCAUUUCAAGUAUUUAAAGAUAUAUGUAAAUAAGCUGUAUGUAUAAAAGUCUAAAAAUGAAAUAUUUUAAUAUAUUUAUAAAAGAGCAAGGUAUUUAUGGAAGUUUCACUUGUUUUUAAACAGAUGUGGGUAUUCGGUUCAUUUUGUUAAUUUUUCAUUCUAUUUAAUGGUUUUAAAGUUAACUUUUUACAAAAUUAAUUAUUCAGUUCUUCAUUUUUAGUUUUCAUUCUUUUUAAUGGUUUUAAAGUAAAAAAAAUAAUUGUUUGAUGCUGUGAUCAUUGAUCCCAUCCUUUGUUCAUUUGUAGUGGUGAUAUGUUUGCUGUUAACAAGCGAGUAUCUUUUGCGUUUGAAGGGACACAAGAAAUAUGAACCUUUAAAAUAUUUCCCGUAGUAAUAUGACUUUUCUCAUCAAGAGAGAAAAAAUAUUUUAUAAGGUUGAUUUUUGUUUUAGAAAAUCUUUUUGCUCAAAUAUUAUCAAUACAUACUUGUAAAAUAAUCUCUGUUCCCCAUUACAUGUAAUUUGUGAAGUGCAUUUGAAUGAUUAAGAUUUUUCAGAUCUUUCAUCAAAUCUAUGAAUUGGAAUAGUUCAGUAGAGCUUUUUUUUAUUCUGAUCUGUAUUUACCCAUGCAUAUGUUAAGUUUAUGUAUUUGUUUGAUAUGCAGAUGUACAAUGUAUUUAUUUGAAGAGAGCUGGUGGAAGCCAUUCAUAUUAGGUGCUACCCUUUAUGAAUAAAUCAAUUUCUUGUGCUGUGAAAGAAGAAA